AUGGGUGUGGGAGAAGAACUGCAACCGUCCCUGGAGACCAUCCGAGAGAUUCUACUGAAAGCAGCCGGCAAACCCAAUCCUCCCAAUCUAGUCCCAGUCUUCGCAGAAAUACCCUCCGACCUGAUCAAACCCUCUGAAGCAUACCUUAAAAUAUCCGCCCACUCAAAGUCCGAAUACUCCUUCCUCUUCGAGAGCGCUGCAACGGAGAGGGUUGGAAGAUACAGUUUCGUUGGUGCUGGACCCAGGAAAAUCAUCAAGACAGGAGAAGGACAUGGCGAAUCUGUUGACCCUCUACCGUUGCUCGAGGCGGAGCUGUCGAAGAGUCGGGUAGCACACGUUCCAAAAUUGAAGCUGCCACCUUUGACUGGCGGGGCAAUUGGUUAUGUAGGGUAUGACUGCGUACGGUAUUUUGAGCCAAAGACAGCAAGGCCCAUGAAGGAUGUACUGAAAGUACCGGAGUCACUCUUCAUGCUGUUUGAUACGAUCGUCUCGUUUGACGGCUUCUAUGAGAAGAUCAAAGUUAUCACCUACCUAAAGGUUCCGAAGGAUUUGUCGAAGCUUCAAGAAGCUUAUGAGCAAGUAGGAGAUGCCAUCAAUGAGAUUGUGGAGGUGCUGAACUCAAACGAAAAGAUCCUGCCUGAGCAGCCUUCUAUCAAGCUUGGUCAACAGGCUACCUCCAACAUUGGUCAAGCUGGCUACGAGAAGCAUGUUACGGACUUGAAGAAGCACAUCGUAGCUGGGGAUAUUAUUCAAGCCGUUCCAUCUCAGAGAUUUGCCAGGCCUACGUCAUUACAUCCGUUCAAUAUAUAUCGACAUCUUCGGACGGUCAAUCCCUCGCCAUAUCUGUUCUACAUUAAUUGCGCCGAAUUCCAGAUAGUUGGUGCAUCACCAGAGCUCUUGGUGAAGAAAGAGGCCGGUCGAGUCAUUACACAUCCAAUUGCUGGAACCGUGAAGAGAGGAGAAACCCCCGAGGAGGACGAAGCGCUUGCUGAUGAGUUGCGACAGUCGCUGAAGGAUAGAGCUGAGCAUGUCAUGUUGGUCGAUCUUGCAAGAAAUGAUAUCAACCGAGUCUGUGACCCAGUCACUACCAAAGUAGACCGGUUGAUGGUCGUGGAAAAAUUUAGCCACGUGCAACAUCUGGUUUCUCAAGUCUCUGGUGUUUUGAGGGAAGGUAUGACAAGGUUCGAUGCGUUCAGAUCUAUAUUUCCAGCUGGAACUGUAUCUGGAGCUCCAAAGGUCAAAGCAAUGGAACUCAUUGCAGAAUUGGAAAAGGAAAAACGUGGAGUAUAUGCCGGAGCUGUCGGAUACUUUGGCUAUGCUAGCGUGGACGCCGAGGGUAACGAAGUUGAAGGUGAGAUGGACACAUGCAUCGCAUUGAGGACCAUGGUGGUGAAGGACGGUGUGGCUUACUUGCAAGCUGGAGGUGGAAUUGUAUUUGAUUCUGACCCAUACGACGAGUAUAUCGAGACUAUCAAUAAGCUGAAGUCAAACUCGACGACGCUAGAAAAGGCCGAGCAACUCUAUUCGAAGAAGCAGACUGCUGAAAAGUCGAACGGAGCGCGCAAAAAAGCCCAUAUCGAUCUAGCCGCUGGAUAA